AUGCCUCAGCAAGAUUCGGAAGAACAAGUCUUUGUAACUAGAAACAAGAGGUCUUCCGCAUCACCCGAACUCACUCAGAGCCAACGCUCUCAACAAGUACCACACGCUCUCACUUCAAAAAGCUGGGUAUGUACUGACUGCUUCCAGAAUCCUUCAAGUGGUGGAUCAAAUAAACCCCGAACCAGCAACGACCAGGAGAGCGGUCAGGGCCGUCGAGGUUCGCCUGGCGCUCAGAGCGGUCAAGGCAAUUCACCUGCUGCAAGAAUCCGUCGCGAGGCCAUAGAAAAGUGUGAAAAGCUUCUCAACGUGCCCUUUCCUCACAGUGUUGAAGUGCAAGCCGCCGAUCCCAAUCAAUUCGACGUCGAGCCCACGAACCCGUCGGCGGCCUACCUGGACUACUGCAUCAACAAAGAACUGAGACGGCGUAAGCAGAACAUUGUUGAUAAUUUGAUGGCUGCAAUCUCGGAAUGUGUUGAAAGAAGACUGGAAGCACUCGAGGAUGAGUGUGAGCAUACUUCCAGAUCACACAGCUCGCGUGCUUUCCAGGCAGGAAAACACAUACCACAGUCCGCUGGCCAGAAGAGAUCCAAAGGUCAAAGUGGCAGAGACGAAGGUGAGAAUGAGGAAGAAGGAGACGAUAAGUUGGGUAGAAAGAAGGACAACAAGAGGACAAAAACCACAAAGGAUGACUCUCGCCCUCGAUUUGCUUGCCCUUACUAUCAAAAGGACCCCAAGAGAUUCGGCACUGAGAGAACAUGUUGUGGCCCGGGGUGGUUGGAGAUCGGCCGAGUAAAGGAACAUCUCGAGCGGAGACACAGUCUGUCUCCACAUCAAUGCAAUCGAUGCCUUCUCCGGUUUGACGAUGAGAAAGAUCUCAAGGACCAUCAAAGGAUGAAGACUCCGUGCCUAGUAAAAGAGACAAGCAGCCUUCAAAGAAACCUCCUGGAUGGCUACGACGAGGAACAAGCGAAGAAACUGAAAACAAGAGUGAGGAUGAACCCCGUUGAGAAGUGGAGGGAGUGGUACUGUGCUCUAUUUGAUGUCAAGCCUGACUCUCCUGACAUUCCCUCGCCUUAUUAUGAUCCUUCACUCUCAACCACUCGGGCAACAGCCGCCAAGGUCGAAACCCCUAAGGAAUGGCGUGACUACUGGAUCAAGGCAAAGCCAGCAAUUCAACACCAAGUCGCCAUGGUAGUAGAAGAUGCAUUCAACGACUGGGAACCCCAAAUGAAGGUGACUGUCAUGGAACGUCUGCAAGAGCUGCCACGUAUAAUUGCAGAUAAGCUUCCUUUCCCAGGGCUCAGCCCAGAAGAGACGUCAACGGCAGCUGACGAUUUUGGGCUUUACUCCUGCUUGGACUAUUACUCAUUUACCCCAGAAGACUUGGGAGAGGAGCCUUUCGACUUUCAAGACAUAGGCGACGGGGCCAUGCUGCAUCACUCGGCAACGUUUGAUAUGAAUGAGUCCGCAGACUCCUCGGAUACAUAUCAAGCCAGUGACAGCUCGGCCACGUCCCUGGGAGACGAUGCAGCAUACCAACAAUUCGACUACAAGGUAUCGAUGAUGCCAAAUAGCAUUGAUCUUAGUCUUCCAAAUAAUGGCGGGUAUUACUAA